UGACCAUACAUGAUGGCUACUUAACUUACACCAUAAGUCUAACGCAUUUCUUCAUUUUCAUGAAAUGGAGUGCUGCAUUGCAUCUGCACUGUGGUGUUUUGUACCACUUUACUUACUUAUUCACUUCCUGUGUUUUAUUUUCGCGGACGCAGACUUCACUCUGCUCUGGGCAGGUCUGUUCGGACACAAGCCAGAGAAUAAACUGAAAGGGCUGGUGGUUUGGGUCACUGGAGCCUCCAGUGGUAUUGGAGAGGAGCUGGCCCAUCAGCUGGCAAAGUGUGGGUCACGACUUAUCCUGUCUGCUCGACGUGAGGAUGAGCUAAAGAGGGUGAAACGCUGCUGUUUAGAGAGCUCCGACCUUCAGGAUGAAGAUAUUCGUGUCCUUCCACUUGAUUUGUUGGAGAGGACGUCACAUGAAGAAAAAGCAAAAGCUGCAAUUCAGUACUUUGGACAUAUUGAUGUCCUAAUCAACAAUGGGGGCCGAAGCCAGCGCUCUCUGUGCAUGGAGACCAGCAUUGAUGUGUAUCAGGCCUUGAUGGAGCUCAACUUCCUGGGUACGGUCUCCAUCACCAAGCAGGUGCUGCCUCACAUGACGCAGCAGGGCACCGGAAGCAUUGUGACCGUCAGCAGCGUGGUCGGCCUGGCCGGGGCGCCCCUGGCAACGGGAUACUCUGCCAGCAAACAUGCUCUUCAGGGUUUCUUUAAUUCCCUUAGAACCGAGCUGACCGACUUUCCAAAUAUACUCAUCAGCACGGUGUGUCCAGGGCCUGUGCAAUCACAGAUUGUCCAAAAUGCCUUCACGGAGGAAGUGCUCAAGCCCGUGGCUGCAGCUGGUAACCAGGAGCACAAGAUGUCAACGAGUCGCUGUGUGCGUUUAAUGCUGGUGGGAAUUUCCAAUGAUGUCAAGGAAAUGUGGAUUGCACAGCAGCCCUUCCUCCUGUUCUACUACGCCUGGCAGUAUGCUCCUACAUUUGCCUGGUUCAUCACAAACAUUUUGGGCAGAAAAAGGGUGCAGAAUUUCAAAGCUGGUCUGGAUGCAGACACUGCAUACUUCACCAAGCCAAAGUCCUCCUGAAGGUGAACUACUCAAGGGGAAACGCAUGAAUUCCUGAAGUGAUGGGGGUCUUUGCCCUCAUCUCGAAGAACCGCAUUUAAAAACAACUGCUUCGGGAGCUCAGUGCUUGACAGGGUCUGAUAAAAAUGGUUACCUUUUCUAUUUCAUUAGGCUUUCAUCUCAAAUGUGAAGUAAAUCCUAUAUUUAAUAUUUUGUUGUCUUCAGAUUAUGUGGAUUUCUGGCUGAAAGCCUACAUUAAUUACAAUAUUGAGUUAAUAUAACAAAGCACUUGCACUAACCUUUUUAAUGCCUAAUAAAAUUAAGUUAGGUUCA